AUGCCUCCGCGACCGCUAAGACCGCGGCGGUUUGCGCCUUUGGAUCCGGAGAAGAGAAUAGAGGGGGACGGGAGACCGGAGUUGAAAGGCAUUGUGUUUGAUGUUGAUGGAACGUUAUGUGAGUGCCCCCAGAACUACAUGUUUGCCGAGAUGCGCGCCGCACUCGGAAUACCAAAAUCCACCGACAUCCUCGACCACAUCUACUCCCUCCCCGAACCCGCCCAAUCCCGUGCCCACGAAACCAUCCGCCAAAUCGAGCGCACAGCCAUGGCCGCGCAAAAACCGCAAUCGGGCCUCGUCGCCCUCAUGUCCUAUCUCGACUCGCGCAACAUCAAAAAGGCAAUCUGCACGCGAAACUUCGACAUGCCCGUCGCGCACCUCCUCACUACUUUCCUGCCGGGCUCCAAAUUCGAGCCGAUUGUGACGCGCGAGUUUAGACCGCCGAAACCGGAUCCAGCGGGCAUUUUGCACAUUGCGAAGAGCUGGAUGCAUGAGGAUGGGGGGAAUGGGCUCAUCAUGGUGGGCGAUUCGAUUGAUGAUAUGACGGCUGGAUGGAGGGCAGGGGCUGCGACGGUGCUGCUGGUGAAUGAUGCCAAUAGGCAUCUGGCGGAGCACCAGCAUACCGAUUUGGUGGUUACGAAGUUGGACGAGCUGAUUGAGAUUUUGGAAAAUGGGUUUGAGGGGAGGGUCGAGGCGGAUGAGGAGAAGGUCGAUGCGAAGGUUUUGGUGGAGGAGGCGAUUGAGGAGAAGAGCUAG